AUGGACAGGAGAGAUGCGAAAAAGUGGAGGGAAAAGGUGUCGGUGGGGACAGUGAGGAUCGCAAAGUCAGCCUGGGUGUGGAACGACGGGCUGCCUUGCGGCCUGGAGAGACUCCGAGAUCACGAGAGAAGUCGGGGAGAAGAGAAACUCUGGGACAAGAAGAGGGUUAUUUACGGGAGGAGUCGCGGCGAGGAAGAGAGAGCCAAACGCGACGACUGGCGUGGUGGUAGAGAGAGGAAAGAUCGGGGUGAGGAGCGACCACCGGACGAAGACAGAUCCUGGGGCGAGGAGAGAGCCCGAGGAGCAGAGAGGCCCCAAGACCAGGAAAGGUCCCCAAAGGAGAAGAAGGCUGGCGUGGAAAGGCUAGCCAGCGCUGGGGAGAAACCACCACCAGGGUGGGAGAAGGGCUCUGAAGGGAAAGGGCGGGUCGAGCCGCAGGCGCAGGAAAGCCAGGUGGCCCAGGACCCCAGGACAGAGAGCAGAAGCCAGGACCAGGAGCGUGGCCCCGAGAGAAAGGGGAGCGAGGAUCUCCACCACGACAAGACCGGGGUCCCGAGCCAGGACCAGGAACGCGUCCAGGAGAGAAAACGGACCGAGGACCCGACCGCCAUAAAGACUUCGGGCGCCAGCCAGGGCAAGGGGAGAAAGGGGAGUGAGAAUCGGAUCUUGAGAAAGGCCCAGGGUCCGAGCCAGGGCAAAGGGCGCGACCAGGAGAGAAAGGGGAGCCGAGGUUCCACUACCAGAAAGGCCCAGGGUCCGAGUCAGGGAGAAAAGCGCGACCAGGAGAGAAAGGGGAGCCGAGGUUCCACUACCAGAAAGGCCCAGGGUCCGAGUCAGGGAGAAAAGCGCGACCAGGAGAGAAAGGGGAGCCGAGGUUCCACCUCCAGAAAGACCCAGGGCCCGAGCCAGGGAGAAAAGCGCGACCAGGAGAGAAAGGGGAGCCGAGGUUCCACCUCCAGAAAGGCCCAGGGCCCGAGCCAGGGAGAAAAGCGCGACCAGGAGAGAAAGGGGAGCCGAGGUUCCACCUCCAGAAAGGCCCAGGGUCCGAGCCAGGGAGAAAAGCGCGACCAGGAGAGAAAGGGGAGCGGAGGUUCCACCUCCAGAAAGACCCAGGGCCCGAGCCAGGGAGAAAAGCGCGACCAGGAGAGAAAGGGGAGCGGAGGUUCCACCUCCAGAAAGACCCAGGGCCCGAGCCAGGGAGAAAAGCGCGACCAGGAGAGAAAGGGGAGCGGAGGUUCCACCUCCAGAAAGACCCAGGGCCCGAGCCAGGGAGAAAAGCGCGACCAGGAGAGAAAGGGGAGCGGAGGUUCCACCUCCAGAAAGACCCAGGGCCCGAGCCAAGGAGAAAAGCGCGACCAGGAGAGAAAGGGGAGCGGAGGUUCCACCUCCAGAAAGACCCAGGGCCUGAGCCAGGGCAGGGGCCAUAGCGUGGACGGAGGUGCGGGCGAGGAAUCACCCAGGAACAAGACCAGAGGCCGGCUUCUGAGCGGGGCCACAGCGAAGAGAAAGGGCACGCGUGACGAGGGCCAGCGUGAGGGCGGGGCAGCCCGCGAGGAGGAGGGACCCAGGGCCACGGACAAGUCGGUGGUCGCCGAGGGGCGCACGGCCAUGUCCCCUGUUAGCCCUGUGUGGCCGAGAAAACCAAACCUAUGGGCGUUCUGGGUACUGCUGCUAGUGCUGCCGCGGUCGUUGGAUUCGGUGCGGGUAGACCCUAUCCAACAGUGCAACUGGCUUGCUGUUCUGAGCAAGUUCGAGACGGUAGGCACGCACUUCUACAAGGAUCGAUUUAUCGACCACGAGCCCAUUGAUCUACAGACCGAGGUGUUCGAAAAGUUGGGAGACUCGCCAAUCGACCCCAAGGAGAAAUAUAUGACUUUUCCUUACUACCUGCAAAUCAACUUCACCUGUGCGGGAAAGGAUAGCGAGGAGAUGGCCCGAAACGGCCACCUGCUGGGGAUGAGGCCCAAGCUCCUGGUCUCCUACAAGUGCCCUGUCAAUUUCUAUAAGUGGGAGAUUGAAAACGUGCAGAUUCAGUUGGACGCUGCUCCAAUGCGUAGCCGAGGGUACUGCUCAUCAGAGGCCAUGUGCAUCCUGAACUGGUACACACCCCUGCCCUUCAAGAAUGGCAGCGCGGUCAUCACUGUGGACAUCCACAGCAAUGGCUUAGGGCCUUACGUUCCCCAGAAAAGGUUCUACGUUAACAUGAACGGCUUCUUGAAGAGAGAAGCCAGUGGUAAAGUCAUCUACCGACUGGGAUAUGAGAACUUUAUGAUGAAGUCUGAUAGCCUUAGGCGCUCGAAAUCCAGACCCCUGUGGUUCACAAAGGACCAAGCCCCUGUGCUGAUCCUCGGCGGCAUUGAGACUGAGAAGGCCAUUCUGAUUACAGACACGAACUUCCACGACACCGACAUUGUGGAGCUGAGCAUUGACAGCUGCUGGGUUGGCUCCUACUACUGUCCCAUGCUCGGCUUCUCAGCCACCAUCUUUGAUGCCAUCUCCACCGAGAGCACGCUCUUCAUACGGCAGAACCAGCUCGUCUAUUAUUUCACAGGCCGCUACCCAACUCUGUACGACACAGACCAGAGCAGCAGCAGCUGGGUUCGUGUCCUUCCUAGUGAGUGCAUCAAGAAGCUGUGCCCAGUGUACAUGAGUGGGAAUGGCUCUGAGUACGUCCUGGCGCUCAACACUGGCCAGAACGAAGGCUACAUCCACAUCGGGACCAUCACAGAUGGUUCUGUGUCCUUCCAGAUGGUACCAAAUGGCUUGUCAAUCUGCGACAGGUUACCAGGCACAAACUGCUCUAUCGACUGGGCGCUGUACAUCGACGAUGAGAGGAACUUGAUUGUGUUGGUGAAGACGCUCAACAGCAGCUUACAUGUGGUCUUCUACCUACUCAACUAUAAUUUAGUGAAUAACACCCUGGAGACCCUCUACGUACUGCCACCGUUCAUCCCAGAAGCUCAAGGCUUGGACUUCCUGGUGCUCCUUGGGACAGAGACCUACACCAACACGCCAAUAGACCCCAAGGGCAUGUUCUUCAACACGUACAAUAACAUACUGUACAUCUGGGGCAACUUCAUCCUGCAGAGCUACACUAGGAAACACUUCAUUUACCUGGCAGACUUCCCCAGGCAAAGCACCAUCAAGUACGCAGUCAACUCCUACCAGGGACAGAUGGUCUUUGUCACAGAAGCAGAGGAGAUCUGGUACUUCCAGGAGGGCGGCUACGACGUAUACCGGCUGAUCCCGUCCACAGGCUGGGACUCCUACGUCUACCUUCAGAAGAUGGAACAGUCUCUCUACUUUGGGGAUGAAGAGGUCUUGAUCUCUGUCUUCUUUGAGGAUGGGCAGCUCUUCCAGCUGUUAUAUCUCACCAAGGACGGGACUUCUCAGGUGAUCAGGAGGCCGGUACCCGUGGGGAGGUUGCUGGUGUAUCAACAGCCCAAACCCUACACAAUCCAGAGGAAAGGGAAACACAAGACGCUCUCCUUCACCAACUUCUGCCCUUUCAAGAUGAUGCGUCUACGGGACCUGCCCCAAAAGCAGCAUUUUGCACGCCUGGAGAUCUACCAUGCUUCGCUCCCUGAGGUCCCGGAUCCCUUGGCCUUUCACACCAACGUUACCCUCGCUGUCUAUCAGGGCCUUGUGUAUUACCUGCUGUGGCUGCACUCCAAGUAUGACAAGCCCUACGCGGACCCUGUGCACGAUCCCACCUGGCGCUGGUGGCAACACAAAACACAGUACAAGGAUUACUACUUUUACCUGUCCAGCAACUGGCUGUCGCUGGAAGGCGUGUACAUCGACAUGGACAGCUAUGAAAAGGUGUACAACACCUCGGACGACGACCGAGGACUGCCCCCGGAAAUCUACCUGGACAAGGGGACCUCGUUUAGUUUUACAGUCUUCCUGUCCUCACAUGACGACACCUCAUCCUCAUCGGCAGCAGGCCUCGGCUCCAUCUUCCAGGCGGAAAAGAAGCUGGCAGUGGCGGUGAUAGUGGCAGAUCCCGAAUGCCUUAAGGCAUCUGUGAGCCAUGAGGUCCUUCUUAAUCGCAAAGCAGUGCUCUACAAGGUUACAAUCACGGACAGAAAGGUCUGCUAUGGUCAGGGCCUCAGUGGUUACAACCUCAAGAAGACUUCCAUGGUGGUCAAAGUGUUGGGCUCUUCUGGAAAAUGUUUCCAGAACACAUACCUUGGGACAAACAUGCAAGGUUACUUGAUGGUGCCAGUGUUAAUCGGCUGUCCAGCUGGCAAGCGCCUGGCCUUCGAUGUCACCUACACGAUUCUGCACUCCCAGGAGAUAAACAAACACUAUUUCGACUGUGUAAAGGCGAACCCCGAGAUGCCGUGCUUUCUCUUCCGUGACUUGUUCCAGCCCUUCUUCUUAGUCCAAGACAUGGUGACAGGGGACUCUGGCAGCUUCCUGGGCAGCUACCUGCUGAAGGUGGUGGGCGGCGGUCACACCAUUGACACCAUCCGAGACUACACGGAAGAAGAAAUCUACCGUUACAACAGCCCGCUGGACAACACUAACAGCCUCAUCUGGAAAACAGAAGACCAAAGGACCACUAAGGACAAGAAGUUCUACAUAAUGUCCUAUCAGAGCCCUGGAAUGGAGUGGCUGUGUUUGGAGAACUCCCCAUGCCAUGAUGUCACCCCCCGAAACAUCUAUGCCCCCGAAUUCUUCCUCAAGUUGCUGGUGAGCAAUAGAGGAGUAGACACUAGCACAUACUGUGACUACCAGCUCAUCUUCAUCCUGCACUUGCAUGGGUUGCCGCUCAGCAGCAAGCGUUCUCUCUUCAUCGUCAUUGUGUCCAUCAGCCUGCUCCUUGGUCUGGUGGUCCUGUACAUCCUGUUCUGUCUGCUGUGGCCUCACAUAGUGAAGGCCUGGGUCUCACUACGCUGGAAGAUUAACAACCUUAUGGCGUCCGAGUCCUAUUACACAUAUGCCAGCUCCAAUGCGGCCUUGAGUGUUCACUCUCAGACAGGCUUGGAGGGUGCCCCCAAAGAGGACAAUGCAGAUGCAAUGAAAGCGGAAGUGGCCUGA